AUGUUGACGACCAAUAAACCAAAUCAACAACAACACUUCCCCAGUAAUAAAAAUGCGUUCAGAAUGACAGGGAAGCAUGGGGUGCAGAUGACAGGGUCUGGGGUGAAGGCAGAUGGAGGGGAGGAGUACCGACGGGCGGUGACGGCACCUGGGGGUCGUGCCCGCUACUACCUCCGCCCGGACUACCCUCACCACGACCCUCAUCCCCCAAGACAUGAUUACCCACCCCGGGACUACCUGCCGGAGAAGUUGGACGACCUCUACCCCCGCCACAAGGAGGACUUCUACAGCCACCGCCCCAAGGAGCGUGAUGACUUGGGGGGCGGGGGCUACGGUCCCCCAACCCCGGAUGAACCCUUCACCCGCACCCCGUCUGGUCGCGCCCCGAGGCUCCCCCAGGACCGUUUCCCCCGGAUGCCAGACUACCCGCCGCCGCCGCCCACGCCCGAGGCGCGCGGCGGAGGUGCAGGGCUGUACGGCGUGGCCGGCGGGGAGCGGGUGUCGCGCCUGCUGGAGCUGUACGGGACCCUAGACGGGCGGGGCGGGGGUGGAGGGGCGGCCGGGGUGGGCGGCGGAGGCGGCGGUGGUGCGGGCGGCGGGGCGGCGUCGUCCGUGCCCGUGCCUGCGGGGUCACGUUCUCACCACGACAUCUACGGCUCCCUGGACGGCCGUACCUCCAGGCUCUCUGACAUCUUCCCGACCAGCGAGGCCGCCAGACUACGACAAACCGCUGAUUUCCGACAAGCGGACGAGACGCGGUCGUUGUCGGGUCGGGAGGGCGUGCUGGCCGAUCUCUGCCGCCGUCGGGAAUUGCCACCCGCGCCCCCAGAGUACCGACUGCACGAGUACCGACCCAGACACGACUUCCGCGGACCGCCCAAGACGCAGCCGCAGCCGCCGCACGACCAAGACGUGAUCGAGAAUCCCAUGUACGAUGUGGAGCCCCAUGCCCACACCCCCGCCCAUGCCCAUACCCCCGCCCACCAACCUCAGCACCAGCACCACCACCAAGCCCUGCAGCAGCAGAUGCAGCAACAGCAAAUGCAACAACAGCAGAUGCAGCAACAGCAGAUGCAGCAACAGCAGAUGCAGCAACAGCAACAACAACAGCUACAACAACAACAAUUACAACAACAACAGCUGCAACAACAACAAUUGCAACAACAGCAGCAACUGCAACAACAACAGCAGCAGCUACAACAACAACAGCAGCAACAACAACAACAAAUGCACGUAGCUCAAUCCCACCCCGUCCCCACCUCUCAUCUUCAAGCGCACACAGGACCCACCCACGCCGGCCCUGGCCACGUGGUCCCUGGCCAUGCGGGACCUGGCCAUCCGGGACCUGGUCAUGCGGGACCUGGCCACUCCGGACCUGGCCACUCCGGACCUGGCCACAGUGGCCCUGGCCGGCCUGUGGUCCAGGGGGAGAGACAAGAAGCCCGGUAUACGGCGGCCAUCGCCCAGCAGGAGGACGUGCUAAGAUAUCCACGCUUAAAGGAGAGUCACCGGUACACAAGCCGGAAUUUAGCCUAA